UCUUUACGGAAAAAUAUUUUUAUAAAUAAAUAUUCAGUAUUCAAAAGUAUUUCGAACACUUUACUGUAAAGAAAUUUUUCAACAAAAAAAUUAAGACAAAAUUUUGAACAAACAAUUAAACAAUUACGCAGUUAAUAUAAAAUAAAUAAAAGCCAUGGUUAAUGAAACUAACAAACCAGAAGAGAUGCUGGAAAAUGAACAAUUGGGACAACGUUUGGCGGCCUCCAAUCAAGCUCUGGCAGACAUGCAAGCCGAACAUCGCCAACUAGUAGAGGAAAUGGAACAGUUGCGCAAACGGGCUGAAGAUUUACAGCGUAUAAGAGAGCAACAGGAACGGGAGGACGAAGAAAGAAAGCUUGAGUAUCAGCAAAGUGUAGUAACAUCAGCUACAGAAUCUUUGGAAACUAGCGAAACAACUAAAAAAACUACAACAACUAGCGAAACAACUGAAACAACAACUACCGUGGAAAAACUCACUGAAGAAAAUGACGAAGAAGCCGACCCAGAGGAAGCUGAGUAUAUUAAAGAAAAAUUGGCAGAAAUAGCUCGUUUGAAGGCACAAUUUAAGCGUGUACAACAUAUGAUCAAUACAACCGAACUUAUUGAAAAUCAUAUAAGUAAAAGUGAUGAUGCUCCAGAAAAGACGUCGGACAAAGAGGAGACAGCUAAGCCAAAACCUGCCGCUAAACCAGCAAGUGCUACUACCUCUACUACAACUUCAGCAGCUCCAAUUGCUAUAACACCUACACCCAUUGAGCUUUUAACCAUACCAGACAUGCCCACAAUGGCUGAUUUGGAUGCCGCCACAACAUCCGAUGAAAAAGAGCAACUUAUUUUAACAAUGUUAAAUAUGUUUCAAGGUUUCUCAUCCGAUUUAAAAUCUCAGGCCGAUAACUUGAGGGCGGAACGUCAACGUAUUAAAGAACUAAAAGAAAGUAUUAUACGCUCCAGAAAAGAACCACCUAAAAACAAAACUACAAUGGCUCCUGCUAAAAAUCCCAAUGCAACAAAUAAAAAUUCUACAAAUAGUAGUAAUUCCCAUAGCCAUAACAGUAUUCCCUCAGCUACCGCUGCUGCAGCAGCCACAAAUGCAACAAAUUCUACUCAUUCAUCGAAUAGUUCUUCAACACACCGUAAACAAACGGGUACGGUGCCUAAAGCCUCCACAAAAACGUCUACAAAUUGUAAUACUACAGCUACAGGUCAGAAGCCUUUGUUACAGCCUUCCGGCUUGGCUCAAAUGGCUAAUCGCUGUAGUCCAUUGAAUAUAGUGGCCUCCAUACAACAGCAACAACAACAUCAUAAUACACGUAACCAGCAACAACAUAAAAAUACGGAAAUUGUUGCACCCAUACGCAGAGAACUUAAAGAUUUAAAUGAUUAUUUAUUAACUACGGUGGUAACAACUACAACAAAUAAUACUAAUAAUCUAAAUAAUAAUCAACAACAACAGCAGCUGCAACAGUUACAAACAGCAGCAGUGCAGCAGCAACAUCAAAGUAAUACAACAGCUACCAAUAGUGAUUUUGAAAGUUCUCAAGAUAAUCAACAACGUUUUUGUUAUCCUGUACGACCCAUACCACGACGCAAUCAACAGCAACAACAUCAACAACAACAGCAGCAACACAACACUCAACAAACACAAAGUGAUUUUUUGAAUUCUGCUCAAAAUACAAAUUCAAAUCUUAAUACCGCCAUUGGUGUUGUCAUACCUACAACACCCGGCUUACCCAACACCUCGAAUACAACUGCUACACAAUCGCUGUCCAAUAGUGUGCAUCCGGUAUCCUCAAAUAACAACAGCACAACUAUAAACGAUAAUAUACUGUUGGGACCACAAUUUGAACAGCAUUUGCAAUUGUUAGUGGUGCAUCGUUUGAAACAACUCUUUGAAAAUCCACAAACUCAACCGUUUCUUAACUUAACCAGCAAUUUAUUGCCCAACAUACACGCUUCGUCGUCGGCUAAUUUGGCUAAUGCUGUUUUAAAUCACAAUUCAAACGAAUUUAAUCAAUUAGCUCAACGUUUUCAACAGACUUUAAACGCCAACAAUAAUCAUAAAAUUAAUUUGGAAAACGCUUUAAAAGCUCAGCAAAAGGCUUUAAAAUCCUCCACCAUGGUCCACGAAAUAACGCCAAAUGCCACUGCACGAGAUGUGGUAGUCAAUUCAACCAGUUUAGAAGAUGUACCCAGAAGUGAGAUGAGCGAUCGUGCCCAGUCUAUACAGUCUUUGCACAGCAAUUUAGAAACUCCGACGCCCGAUAAUACACCCUCCUAUGAGGAACUGCAACAGCGUUUGGAGGCCUCCAAUCGUAAUAUCCAAAAUAUGCAAGAACAACAGCAACAAUUGCUUAAAUUACAAAAUGCUGCCAAACAGCAUCUAAGUGAUAUGGAGAAGUUGCGACAACAAGCUCAAACAUUAAGUUUCCCCUCUGGAUCACAACGUGGCGCCGAUGGCGGUGAUGGUGCUCCCGAAUAUGAAUCCAUUGAACAAGUACAUUCGGAUAUGGCUUCUUUGGUGGGGCGUAUGAAAAAUCUUACUUCUUUUAUACAAAAUCAAAAUGAAUUAUCCUCGUUAAUGGGUGAUGAUGGUCCGGAAAUUUUGGCCGAACAAGAGCUAUUGCAAAGAAAACUUGAAGCUUUACGCUCUCAACGCGAUGAAAUGCGCAACUUAGUUACCGAACUGCAAAGUGUUAAUCGUUCAGCGGAGGAGACCGCCAAAGAGGCCAGACAGAGGCAGUAUGAACAGGAAAAGGAUAUAGAAGAAGAAAAUGAACAACAAAGUUCGCCUAGCCUACCAGCCACCAGCAAGAAAACCUCAAAUGUAGAGCGCGAAAGGGAAGUGCCAGUAGAAUAUAGUCGCAAUGUACCCAUUGAGCUAUUGCAGCAGGCACAAAGACAGCCACCCAGCAACACCAAUGGCCAAGUACAGUCCGAAUCGGAGGUCGAAGGUGAGCCCGAAGUAGAAGAGGAUGAAGAACAACGUAAAAUAGCAGCUGCCUUGAUACAACAAAAAGUGGCUGACAUUGAUGCCAUGAAGGCCCAGCUGAAACGUUUGAAAGAUAUGAUGGAAACUGUUAAUAUCAUAGAAGCUCACACAGCUAAAGAUCCCAAACAGAUUGGCCGUACACCGCCUCGAGAAGUACCCAUAACCUAUGAUCGCGAACGUACUCCCGUAGCUGCACCCAGCCGCUACCAGGAUGAUAACAGCAACGAUGAGUUCAUAGCCCGCAAAGUGCGUAUGUUAAAUGAGGUCACCUCUGACUUGAGAGCCCAAGCUCAGUCCUUGCAAUCGGAAAAGGAUCGCAUACAAGCACUGAAAAAUGAAAUCGAGAGACGUAAACAACAGGCGGCUGCUGCUGCCCAAAUGGGUGAGGAUGCUUUAAAGAGAAAUAGUUUAACACCCACACCGGUGCCACGCCAGCACGAAAGUCGCUGGGAUGAGCAUGUUAAAAGCCAACAGGAAAGAGACCAACUUAAAGAAGAGUAUGAAUUAAAGAAAAAGGAAUUUCAAAUGUUGUGCAAACGUCUGGAACAAGAAGACCAACAGCCAACACCCACCCGAAGACAAGAUAUUGUUUCGGAGGCCGACGAUGAGGCAGAAGAAGACAACAACGAUUCGGACUAUGCGGCCAGUACUAAAUUUGUGCCAACCUCUACCCCAGCUGCCGCACGAGCUGAUGAACAAGGCAGCGGAAAUGUUAAGGACUCUUUGAACUCAACGGGUGCCUCAUCAAAUGCAGCCACUCACAUUGCUCAGGCAGCUAGUAGUACUCAUGAUGGAGCCUCACUUGAGGGAGCUAGUAUGCAGUCGGGUAGUUCGAGAUCUUUCUCUAUACCACCACCUAUGUCAGCAAUGGGCAUGAAUUUCCCCGGCCCUAUACCACCACCUUUACCAACUGCCUGGAAUCCUCAUCAAUAUUAUUAUGCUACUGGUGUACCACCACCACCUCCUCCACCACAAACCUCUUUCGGUUUAAAUCAAACUUCAACAAAUGCAGCUACUUUAAGCACCAAUGAGUGUAUUUGCAAUGCCAACAAUUUGGGAGCAGCUACUUCAUCAUCCACAGCUACCAGUGCUGCUACAAAUGCACCGCUCACCACCAACGAUCCCAUGUUGCAGCAAUUCAUACAAACCCAACAAAUGCUAAUAAGUUCUGUGUGUCAAUGCAAUCAAAUGUUGUGGCAUCAGCAAAGAGAAAUCGAUAGUCUCAAUCAAACCAUUCACGUGCUGCAGGAACGUUUACUGGCCAUAACCAGCGGAAGUGUCAACAGCAACAACUCUAAUGAUGUGGGCUAUGGCUUACGUUCUGAAUCGGUACCACCAGCCAGUUUGGGUGGUAUACCCACCACUCAAGCUUUACCUAACAAUUUGUAUGUUGGCAUGAAUAGAGCACAAUCUGAACAACCCAUACCCUUCAUACCGGGACAAAAUAGAAACAGUGCUUUUAGCAACUACCAACAGCAGCAGCAACAUCAGCAUGUCUAUCGCCAUCAACAUCAACGUGUGGCCCAGCCUCAAGGUGGCUUUAAUUUUACUACUGAAACUCAGCAACACAACACUUCAGCCACGGCCAGCUCUAGCAUGUAUGCCACCCUCAACAAUGCUGUAGCACAACCACCCCAAGCCCCAUCGACACAUUUCAACAAUGAAAUACCCACACCACAAUCGCCGGUGGUGGGCUCUGGACCAGCUCCCAUCUUUAUGCAUCAUCACAAUAAUGCCAUACAUCAAAAUAAUGCCAAUUUGCGUACCCAAAAUCAACAGCAACAGCAUCAUCAUAGUAAUCUAUCACAUACUCUAAAUAAUCAGGUGCCUCCCGGCAAUCGUGCCAAUAACUAUUGGGAUAAUUUUAGAAGCUAUUCGCGUCAAAAUUUGCUUUCCACUAACUCUGCUAAAAGUAAUGAAGAACAACAAAUGCAACAACAACAGCAGCAGCAACAACAGGAAACUGCUUAUGAAAGACCAACGUCUAUGCCCCAUCAGCAGCCACAACAACAUCCCACAUACAAUUUCCAUCAGCAAAAUCAAAAUUUAGAUGAAUGUAGCAACAAUUUAAAUUAUGCUGCCAAUAAUGACUCGGCAACUGCUGCCCAUAAUAAAUACUUGCGCAUUAUACAAAGAUCGCGUAUCAAUCAACAACAUCAACAGCAGCAAUAUCAACAAAAUGUCUAUCAACAGCAAAGAGACUUUUUGCAGCAAUUAAAUUGGCUAGAGCAACAUGAAAAUGCAGCAACCAAUAAUACCAGCACAACUAAUGCUGGCACUAACACCGGCGACUUGAUGUAUCACAAUUAUAAUAUACAGCAGAGUAAUAAAGUGGGUCCUAAACCAAAUUGGCGUUUUCGUAAUUUCAAUGAGGAAUUCAAUCCCGCUACAAGCCUACAAAGACAGCCUUUGCAGAGAUAUCAAAAUACCCUAACAUUUCAACAACAACAGCAACAACAGCAGCAGCAACAUCAAACCUUGCAGCAUUUUUUGAAUCAACGACAACAUCAGCCGCCCGCAACAACACAAACUCAGGCAAGAAAUCAAGAUUUUUUAUUAAGGCCCGCCGUCGACAUAGACGAAGGUGUAGAAAAUUAUAAUUUUCUAAAUAGCCAACAACAGCAAUUGCCCCUGGAUUUCUCUAAUCCCCAGCAGCAGCAGCAGCUCAACAACGAUAACAUGCUUUUGGAUGGCCAUGAAAAUAAUGAUGAAGAGGAGGAUGAAGAAGAGGAUGAUACCACUUCCGAGGAAAUUAAACGUAAUCUCUUGGUAAAUGCUUUAAAAAACGAUAAGUUUACCACAAAAUUCUAUGAAUCCAUUAAAGAAGACGUUUUCCGGCGUUUAGAAAGCAUGUUAUUAGACAAAGAUAACUGCAAUAACGAAACUGCAGGCCAGCAAACUCAGUUAUUUAAUAAUAUUUCCAAUAUAUCGCUACGGAAAUUAAAUUUAAACGAACAAAGAGAUCAGUUAUUGCAACAGCAACUUCACAGCCAUUUAGAGCUCUCGGCAGCACAAAAUCUUAACGAAGAAUCACGAAUUGCUGCUGUCAAUAUGAAUAAUGAAACCGAAUUGCCCCUAUCCUCCUCAAACAAUGAUAAUGAGAAUGAGAAUGAGAAUGACAAUGAAAACGAAAACGAAAAACCCGAAGAAGAUACCAAUUGGCGUCAAAGUGUUAUAAAUAACUGCAACAACACCACACAGCAGACACCACGUAGCAAUAACAGUAACGCUACGGUCAACACCACCACGUCUAUGACAAAAAAUGUUACCAAAAAACGUAAAAAUCUACGUAAACAAUCGUUAAGUCAGAGCAAUACCAGUGUCUCUAACGCUAACGAAACUAAUGAAGAAGAGGGUAUUGAGAAUCUGAGGGGAGCCUGCAGUUUAGCGGCACAACAACAUCAGAAAUUACAACAGGAAACUAAGGAGAAGCAAAAUGAAAACAAAAAUGAUACAAACGUUUCAUCCUCAACAAAUUCACCAAAAUCGGCAGCAUCCGGCGGCUCUGUGGCAGUUUCCCAACAACAUCACUCCACGGAAUGUGAUCUUAUUAAAUACAUAAUCAAUCGUAUACGCAAUCAAACUCAUACUAAUACUUUAAUCAAUGACGCUUUAUUAGUGGAUGUUGCAAAACUAACAGCUACUGUGGCCCAAAAUGCCCACCCCUUAACGCAUAACAUUAAUACAGGCAGCAAUGCCAAUAAUAUUUCGCCUAAAAAGAUUUAUGCAAAAAUCAAAAAAUUAUCUUUGCCCAAGGAGAGAGAUGAAUUUUUAAGAUGGUAUCAGAAAUAUUUAGAAAAUACUUUGUUUGGUAAUCAGCAGCAACAACAACAGCAGCGCCAGCAGCAUUCCUUGGAUAAAGGUAAGUCUACAACAAAGACCACAAAUAAUCAACAGCAACAGCAGCAACAAAAUGAUUUGCAACCACCAACAACGGAUGAUGGCGAUUUAGCCGAAGCCGAUCAAAAUUGUUCCUUAAAUAAUAGCGGAAGUGGUGGCUGUGCAUUAAUGAGUAAUGGUAUUAGCUCCACUUACCAUCAGGGUUUUGCUGAAAAUAAUACACCAUCCUCUGCACUAAUUCUAAUUAAAUCUGAACCCUCUAAUAACGGCAUUGAAUAUGAAAAUAAUGAAAACCCUGAUGAAGCUCAUUCCCUAGAUAUUGAAAAUAAUCGAGACAAUUCAAAUGCCAAAAAUUGUUCAGAGCCAGCUAAUGAUUUAAUAAAUUCGGAGACUCCUUUAGAAACAGUUAAGCAAUUGAAAGGGCAAGAAACGGUUGUGGCGAACACUUCUGAAAAAUCUGAUUUGAAAUGUGAAAAACCGGAAUUCACAGAAAAAGAGUAAUCUCAUAGAAGUAUUACUACCCUACAUACAUACAUAUAUUUCCCAUAGUUCUUAAGCUCUUAUAUACUAUUCUAUAACUAUUUAUUAUUAGAAAUGAAGCGUUUAAUUGGCUUUCGAAAAUUCUUUGCAUUUCUCGACAAAACAUUCCCCAAAAUUUUGUUUUUUUUUACUUUUACUUGACUUUUUAAAUGUAUUUACAACUAUUUAACACACAUACAUAUUUUAAAAUAUUGAUAUCUUUAAUAAAAUCUAUAAAAAAUAAA